UUAGAAUCUGAAUCUUCGAUUCUCGACCCGAUCGGAACUGAACUCCAGUGCCCUCCCAAGGCUACUUCGUCUUCUUCAUACCCUGCGCGGCGCUCCCCUCGGCCCCUCCACAGAAUAAUGUCCUCCGACGCUUCCUCUGCCCUAGCAGUGAGAGAGAAGGUGAAGAAGUUUCUCGAUGCCGCGCAAAAGGGAAAACUCGAGCUUUUCAAAAAACUGGCAAUGCAGCUGGACGAAGGAAAGGGGCUGGCGAGGACCGUGGCUGAUGUGAAGGAUGCGAACAAUAGAACGGCUCUUCACUUUGCAGCAAGGGAUGGGAGGACUGAGGUCUGCAAGUACUUGUUGGAAGAACUGAGGCUUGAUGCUGAUGUGAGAGACGAUGACGGUGAAACUCCACUUAUCCAUGCGUCUCGUCAAGGACAUUUUCAUACUGUGAAUUAUCUCCUUGAACAUGGAGCUGAUCCUUCAGCUUCUAGUGAAUUGGGGGCCACUUCUUUGCACCAUGCUGCUGGACUUGGAGACAUUGAGUUAUUGAAGCUUUUACUUUCCAAAGGAGUAAAUGUUGAGUCAGAAAGUGAUGCUGGGACUCCAUUAAUUUGGGCUGCUGGCCACGGGCAACAAGAUUCAGUGAAGGUUUUGUUGGAGCACAAAGCUAAUCCUAAUGCAGAGACCGAAGAUGGUAUUACCCCACUUUUGUCUGCUGUUGCUGCUGGAUCGCUAUCAUGUCUGCAGCUUCUGAUUGAGGCAGGUGCUAGUCCCAAUGUUCAAGCGGGUGGAGCAACUCCAUUGCAUGUUGCUGCAGAUGCUGGGAGCAAGGAUAUUAUCAAUUGCUUGCUGAAUGCUGGAGGAGAUCCAAAUGCUUUUGACGAGGAUAAUUUAAAACCUAUACAAGUUGCUGCUGCAAGAGGCAAUCGUGUAGCUGUUCAGAUUCUUUUUCCUGUGACAACUCCAGUUCCUAACUUUUCAAACUGGAGUGUGGAUGGCAUCAUUAACUUCAUGGAGUCUCAGGCAAACAAGGAACAGGAAAUUACGAAGAAAAAUGACGAUCCAAAAGGUCCCACUUCCGCAAAUUCAGAGAUUGUUGAGGCAGCACCUGAAGCAAAGCAGAAAGCUUUGGAAGCUAAAUCAAGGGGUGAUGAUGCCUUUAGAAGAAAAGCAUAUUUAGAGGCCAUAGAUGCUUAUACUCAGGCAAUUGAUUUGGAUCCCAAUGAAGCAAAUUUGCUAUCUAAUAGAAGCCUUUGUUGGAUUCGGCUGGGACAAGCUGAGCAUGCUUUAGCUGAUGCAAAGGUAUGUAGAUCUCUAAAACCCAACUGGCCUAAAGCAUGCUACAGAGAAGGAGCAGCCCUUCGUUUAUUACAAAGAUUCGACGAAGCUGCAAAUGCAUUCUACGAGGGUGUGCAGCUUGAUCCUGAAAACAAAGAGCUUGUUGACGCUUUCAGGGAAGCUGUUGAAGCUGGGAGAAAAUUUCAUGGAACAGAUGAGCCUAAGCAAGGCAAUUGACGUUUUACGAAACCAUGCUUUGGGUUAUGGUUUUCAUUUCCUCUUAGUUAGACCUCUUUUCUUUCUCUAUUUCUUUUUAUAUAAUCAUCCUUUUUCUUUUUUGUGAUCUUUUUAAAUGAACGGCUGAAAGCAAAAGCUCAUUCUUGUAACAGUUUCAGUUUCUUUUAUCAAUCUUGAAUCUGGAAUCCAUGAGCUUAUUUAAAUAUAGAAAGCUUUACAUACAUAC